UUUUACGCUCCGCAUGCGGUUCCCCUUGCGUGUCCCGCCUCCUCGUCUGCUUCGUUUUUACUGAUUUGGCUAGCGCCUUGAGGUGGCCCUCCUUCUCUUCCCGGAACAACGAGUCUUGGGUCCAUAAGCAUGGACGACACCCAGUCUAAGUCUAGCAUCUCCUCCGAUUCGUCCUAUGAGCCUGCUGCGAGCUUCGAGUUGUUACGCCGUCGCCAGGAGCUUACCGAUGCCCUCGUCGACCUGCCCUAUGACCUGAUCCUAUACCUUGAGCGAGCCGUCGUCCAUUCGAACCUCGCCUACCCGGAUCUCGCCGCCGGCGAUGCCUACAAGGCCCUGCUCCUCAGCGACGAGGUUCUAACCGAAGGGUUCGAAUACCAUGAGGAAGCCCGCGCCAGUCUCGAAGCCCGCGAGCUAAAACCCGUGCCCCCCGUACUCGACCAUGGCCUUUUGCUGGACCUCUCCGAACCCCUAGCCGUUCAGCACCCGGGUGAUCGACCCUCGCAGAUUGCCAAGCUGGCCUCAGUACGGGCCUUUCAAAUUCUGUCUCUCAACCUCCUCCUCUGCGGUUGCCUGAAGAGUGCCUACGAAUUCUGCGAACGCGGCCUCACGCUCGCCCCGAAUAACAAGGAAUUGGUCGAGACGCGGGGUUAUAUUCACGAAGUUGCGCGUCGGCGCUUGAACAAGCAGGACUUCAGUGUCGGCGAUCUGCCGGACCGGGGCCUUGUGCGACGCGAGAUCUACCCUUGGAAUGACCACGAGCCCGACCGUUUCGCCCCCGAAUCUCUCGCGUUUCUCAACAACGAGCUUCGGGACUUUGCUCCCAAGUGCGCCGUUCAGGUGUCUGAGCUCCCCGUGCUACUGGACGGGGAAAGCGAGACCGACGGUUAUGACAUCAUACCGACGUGCCGUCAGCUGGGAUUGUUCGCUGCGCAAGACAUUGCGCCUGGCGAGCCCGUCCUUCGAGAGUACUCCUUGUUGACGGCCAACAACCGACUCAAGGAACCCGUCUGCGACGCAUGCAGCUCGGAGCUUCCUCCGCUCGGCAGCGAGUCGGAAGCUGUUAGCUGUGCCGAGUGCGACGAUACAGUCUUCUGCAGUCAAUACUGUCACGACCAGGCCCAGGAGCUUUAUCACCCAGCGGUUUGCGAGAAGGACAUCGACGCCAUCGCGAAGGAUUCGGAUGGUCGGGAAGCGGACGAGGCCCUGUAUCUGCUUCUACUGGGCCGGGUCCUGGCUCUAUCAAAUCACCAGGAGAUCCACCCCCUGGAGGCGAAGCAGAUCAAGUACAUCUGGGGCGACUUUGUCCCUUCGACGUCCAAUGACCUUGAUCUCUCGCCCCAGGCCGGCCCUCCGCCCGAAUGGACGCUCCCGUUCUCCCUCAAAUACAACAUCGAGGCACCGCUUCAUAUUCUGGAGAAGAUGGACGUCGACAUCUAUCGGACCCUGCCCGAACACGACAUUUGGGUGUUCAAUACCGUGUACAGCAAGUUCCGCGGUACCGCAUCGGCGCGCAAAAGUCCCCGGGACGGACGGCCGGACGUCGCUGCCGUCCACCCUUGUUGGUGUCUCGCCAACCACGACUGCGAUCCGAAUGUCACCUGGGACUGGGGCGGGAGGAUGGUUUUGUGGGCGCGGAAGGAGAGGGUUGUGGGAGGUAAACCCGGGGGUAUUCGAGCUGGCGAGGAAAUCUUGAAUCACUAUUGCGACGUGACGCUCCCCGUGCAGCAGCGGCGCGAAUGGGCGAGUGGUAGCCUGGGAGGGUGGUGCAUGUGUGACAGAUGUCGCAGGGAAGCAGCGCUCAACGGCACCGGACACGACUGAUCUGAUUCUCAUAUCACGGAAGCGAACCCCUUAGAGUGAUGCCCCAUCGAUAACCCGAUACCCCUUGCCCUUUCUUUCUGGCCGUCUGGAGGGAAAGCGUUUAAAGCCCGGCGUUCCAAAAUGACUUCCUACCGCUGAACGUCAACCAUUUCCAGAAGAGUUGGAUUCGACAUGUUGCAAGAGAUGUGGGUUUCGUCUGUUCUUGGUUACUUUCUUCCCUUUUAUUUACUGACCCCUUCCCCUUUUCUCUUUCACCCUGAACAUCUAGCCCCGCCUCGUCUCAUUUUAUAUACGUCGAGACAGACCCCUUGAAUAUAACCUGCAUAUAUAAUGU